AUGUCAACGCCUGCCUCUCCUGGGAAUGGAGUGCCUGAAGCACCGCAAUAUCAGCCUCCUAAAGCUCCUCCAAAGCAGAAUCCUGCUUUUCGAAUGCUGGGAAUGCCCAACUUCCGCUUCAAGCUCCCCUCCCGAAAUUGGCUGAUAUUUCUGUCUGUCACUGGUUCCUUCGCGGCAGCCAUCACCUAUGAUCGCCGGCAAAAAAAGGCGGCUCAAAAGAAAUGGUGCGACCUCGUCUCGCACAUCGCCCAGCAUCCUCUACCAGUAAAUCAGAUGCCACGGAAGUUGACAAUAUUCCUCUCAGCCCCGCCAGGAGACGGUAUAAGGCCCUCGAGGGAGUAUUUUAAGGAAUAUAUCAAGCCGGUAUUGGUGGCUGCGGCGAUGGAUUACGAUGUCAUUGAGGGAAGGAAAGAGGGUGAUGUACGGUACGGUACUGCCGAGCAGAUCCGGAGGCUGAGAAGGAAGAAGGGAGAGCAGACGGAGAAUUCAGACCAAAGAGAGAUAGAUCCGGAACAGCUUGUUGAGAACAUAAGAGAACAGCUCAAGAUCCGUCCAGAACCAGUGAUCCGGGGAGACCUUAUAAUUGGCAGGCACACAUGGAAGGAAUACCUUCGCGGCUUACACGAAGGCUGGCUUGGACCGCUUGAUGAGCCGCAAAGUCGCAGAGAACCUACCCUUCCGUCUGAUGAUGCGUCACAUUCUACGAGUACAGACCUUCCACCCAAUGAUGCAUCGACAUCAACUAACACAGAUACUCCUUCGGAAAGUCUGGCAGAAAGCAAGAUACCACCACCAAAAGAAGCAGAGACGAGACCUCCCUCGCCUCCAUACGCCUACAUUUCGACCUCCGCCUACAACACUUCCCCUGCAUCUCCCAAUCUACCUAUCCACCUCGAGCCAUCAGCACCAAUCCCACAUCGCCACAUCCUCGGCUUUUUCAACACCCCCAUCAGAAUCUACCGUUUCCUCACCCAACGCCACCUCGCAGACUCCGUAGGCCGCGACACCGCCGCCCUUGUCCUUGGUCUCCACAGACCCUACCGCCAGGAUUCUAGCUUCGCAAGCUCAAGCACUGGAGAGAUAGACGCCUCACCCGUCACCACUUCCCCUCCAGAAAAGGAUGGUACAACCAGCCCAGCAGCGACAGUGCAGACAGCUCAAACCUGGGAACAGCAAUCUCUCCUCCAAGAAGAAGAGGCGGAUUGGCACAAAUCGGCCAAAAAGCCACGGAAGGACGAUCUGGAACGUGUGUGGCUGGAUGACGUGGUCAUGGACCCGAGAAUUGGCGAGCGGAUGCGCAGGUUCGAACUCCCGCCGGAGGAGGAGGAGCGGGCGAAAAGGAUUGGGCAGGGAAGUGAGCGAUCGAGGGCGGCGGAGGUGAUGGAUCUGAGGAGCGAGCCUGUCAUCACGGAUGAGUCGCAGGCAAGCUCAGGGAAGACAUGGUGGGCUUUUUGGGAGAAGGGAAAGGGCUGA